CCCGUCCUCCAGCAGCCCAGCUCAAUCCUCUCAUCCCACACUUCCGACACACCAGGCUGAGCUACUGAUCUAAAUCCAGCACUAAGCCCCAGCAGCAUCAAGCAAGCUAGCGAGCAAAUGGACGCGGCCAGCUCCCCUUCCUCGUCGUCCUCGCACGAGCAGCACGGGGCGGCGUGUCCACAACCGGCGCCGCCGCGGCCGAAGCGCCCCGCGGGGCGCACCAAGUUCAAGGAGACGCGGCACCCGGUGUACCGCGGCGUGCGUCGCCGGGGCGCUGCCGGACGCUGGGUCUGCGAGGUCCGCGUGCCGGGGAAGCGCGGCCAGCGGCUCUGGCUCGGGACACACCUCACAGCCGACUCCGCCGCGCGCGCCCACGACGCGGCCAUGCUCGCGCUGCGCGGACCUUGGUGCUCCGCCGCCGCGUGCCUUCUCAAUUUCACAGACUCCGCUUGGCUGCUCGCCGUGCCCCACGUGCUCCCCAACGAUUUUUCCGCCGUCAGGCGCGCCGCCCUCGCGGCCCUCGCGGACUUCCAGCGCCGGGAUCAGGUCGCCCGCGGCGACGCCACCGUCCCCGUCGUCGACGAGGUCGCCUCCAGCGCGUCUGCGCUGCCCUCAUACAUGGACGAGGCCAGCUCGUGGGCGUCGUCGUUCCAACCUUCUGAAAUUGGGGAUUUUGACGUUCCGGUUGUUGUGGGUAGCGGCAUGUUCGAGCUCGACAUGUCCGGCGAAAUGGACUUGGGCGCGUGCUACGCGGACCUUGCGGAGGGGCUGCUCAUGGAGCCGCCGCAGACGACGCCAGAUACCGAGGCGUGCUGGGGAAGCGGAUACUACUACGAUGGAGGAGCUGACGCCGCGCUCUGGCACUACGGAACGAAACACUCUAUCCUGCUUUGACUCCACGGAACAAACUGAAGCUGCUUGCAGCGUAAUACAAUUGUUGAACCUUAAAUUAAUCUACUACUCUAAUCACAGUCCUGAACUAUGCAAAAAGGAAUAAACUCACGUCGUGUGUGGUAGCAAUAAACAACAGACAAAAAGAACGAGAAAGAUCAACGCUCGCCUCUCCAUAAUCAGAUAGAGGUGGCCACUCCAAACAAAAGAUGUGGACGAGACACAUCCAGCUCAGCCGGUUAAAGUGAUCACACAUGGACACUGGAUGUUUUCCUGAAAUCCUCGUAGCCACUCGGGCUGACGCGGCGAUGCGGUCUCGGUACUGCCUCCUUCCUAUAGAUUGUAUGGUCAGGAGGGCGAGUAGCCGAGAUGAUGCGGUCUCGCACUGUACUGCAUCCUUCCUGUAGACCCCACUGUACUGUGUCCUUUUUUCCUUUUUGGAAAACGAUG